AUGUCGUCGGACCUCUUUGUCGAAUUGACGGCCCCCAAUGGCCGCAAAUACACUCAGCCAAUUGGCUUGUUCAUCAACAAUGAAUUUGUAAAGUCCAAAUCGGGCAAGAAGUUGACUACGAUCAAUCCCACAGACGAGACUGAUAUCACGUCCGUGUACGCCGCUGAUGCCGAUGAUGUUGACAUCGCGGUCGAGGCCGCCCGCAAGGCGCUCAAGAGCCCUGAGUGGCGGGACCUUGACACCACGGACCGUGGCAACCUAAUGUUGAAGCUGGCUACGCUUAUAGAGCAGCAUGCCGAGACAUUGGCGACUAUUGACGCGUGGGAUAAUGGCAAGCCUUACUCGGUCGCUCUCGAAGUCGACGUCCUCCUUGCAACGGCAGGCACCAUCAGAUAUUAUGCCGGUUACGCAGACAAAUUGCACGGACAAGUCAUUGAGACCAAUCCCAAGAAGUUGUCAUACACAAUUAGAGAACCAGUCGGUGUCUGUGGACAGAUUAUUCCAUGGAACUAUCCCCUGGCUAUGGCUGCAUGGAAACUCGGUCCGGCCCUGGCAUGCGGAAACACUGUAGUUCUCAAGGCGGCAGAGCAAACCCCGUUGUCUAUCCUGUACCUUGGUCAGCUCAUCAAAGAGGCGGGCUUUCCACCCGGAGUUGUCAACUUCCUUAACGGAUACGGACGGGACUGUGGUGCUCCCAUUGCCACGCACCCGAAGAUUGACAAGAUUGCCUUUACCGGUUCCACAGCCACGGGACGAGAGAUUAUGAAGAUGGCUGCGAUCAACAUGAAGAACAUUACACUUGAGACAGGUGGAAAGUCACCUAUGCUCAUCUUUGACGACGCCGAUCUCGAGCAGGCAGUCAAGUGGGCACACUUUGGAAUCAUGUCCAAUAUGGGUCAGAUUUGUUCUGCCACGUCGCGCGUGCUCGUCCACGAGAGUGUCUAUGAGAAGUUCAUUCCCCUCUUUACCGACUACCUGAAGAAGACUUCGACGGUGGGCAAUCCUUUUGAUGACUCCACUUUCCAAGGUCCUCAAGUCACAAAAGCCCAGUAUGAGCGUGUCCUGGGAUACAUUGAAUCGGGCAAGUCGGAGGGCGCCACUUUGGUCACUGGUGGUUCGCCUUACAAGAAUGCCAACGGCAAGGGAUUUUUCGUCGAGCCCACCGUCUUCUCCAAUGUCAAGGAUCACAUGAAGAUUUACCGUGAAGAAAUCUUUGGUCCUUUCCUCGUCAUCUCCAGCUUCAAGACCGAGGAAGAGGCUAUUGAGCGAGCCAAUGACACUACGUACGGUCUCGGCAGUGCCGUCUUCACCCAGGAUCUGUCACGGGCUCAUCGGGUAGCCCGCCAAAUUGAGGCGGGUAUGGUUUGGAUCAACUCAAGCAAUGACGAGGACUUCCGAAUCCCCUUUGGUGGAGUCAAGCAGAGCGGUAUUGGUCGUGAGUUGGGCGAAGCUGGCUUGGCGGCAUACACCAACGCGAAGUCCAUCCAUGUGAACCUAGGUAUGAAAUUGUAA